AUGGUUUCCUUAUUUGGCUGGGGCUCCAGCUCCAGCUCCAACUCCAGCUCACAAUCGGAUGAACCCUCCCUUCAGCGUCAAGGAACCUCACAUCAGACCCAUAAUGGAAGUGUCUCAUCGUCGUCAUCAUCACCACCAGCAUCAUUGAGCUCCGAAUCAUCCUCAACUUCUAUCUCCACCUCCACCUCCACCAUGUCCACCACCAUCUCAUCACUCGCGACACGACCACAAACCCCCAGCACCGCCGACAACACCAACCUCAAGCUCUUCUUCGGCGGCAUGGCCUUCUUCGCCUUAUCCGUCUUCGUCACUCGCCGCGCUAGUCUCAGGAAACGCCUCGCCUGCGUUCCCCCAUACUACUCCAGCUCGAUAUACCACCAGCCCAACGUGAACGGGGCCAUGGAGGCAUUUGAGGCGCUGAACUUGGCAACGCUCAACGUGAUCUCAUUUGGUAUGAUGGCGACGGGCGGAGUCAUGUAUGCUUUGAAUAUCAACGGAGUGGAGGAUAUGAGGCGAAUCAUGCGAGGCACUUUGGACGAUGUUGCGGCGGGCAAGACGGACGAUGAGUUGGAGAAGGAUGUGGCGGAGUGGGUGUCGAGUGUGCUUGGGGAUCGAUUUGAGAAGCAGUUGGAGAAGGAGAAGGCGAAGAAACGGACGGCGGGCCAGAGUGUGAAGGAUGAGUGA